GUCCGGUCGAUUUACUGGAAUUACAAUCGGAUUACGCAGCACAAAGCUAUCCUGUCGGCAAAAAAUCACUUGGAAACGACGGCGCAAACGGCAAGAGAACCAUGAAAGUUCUGUAGCUUCUCCUCUUAAUCGAUUUUCAGGACUGAACAGUGAAUAGAUGGAGCUUUAGCUUCAUCACUGUGCAUUUUAGUUCAUCGUAUAAACCCCUCGCUUAAACCCUGAGGAACCUUUAAAAACCAAUUCCAUUUCAAUUUUCAGCUUAUCUUCCAAUAUCCGAACUCAAUUUCUUCGAAUAUGGAUGUUUCAACCCGUUUCAGACCGAACAAGCUUGUCUCUCCGUCGACUUCGUUCGUCCAAGGGUCUCGAAAUGGCAUUCUUUUCACUAUACCAGCCUGGCGCCGGGCUAAGAACUCCCGCCAGAGGACGAAAUUUCGAGUUCUAGGAUCCGCUGAUGGUAAUGGAGCUGACGGGUCUCCUUGGGGAAGUUUCAGUAGGUCAGUUCGUCGCGGCUCCGAGAGGUUCUGGUUGAAUUUUGGCGAGUCUUUGAGAAAGGAAACUGGGUUUGAUUUGAAAAAUACUGAUGUGAAGUUGGCUGAGAUUUUUGGGAAGGCUAAUGAACGGCUAGAUAAUAUAGGAGCUGAACUGGAGAGGUUUAAGACUGAAAAAUGGCCGGAGUUUGUAAACUGGAACAGUUGGGAGCGUUGGAAGGAUGUCAAGAACUGGGAGCCAAAACGAGUUGGUGCCUUGUUUCUCUUUGCUUUUGUUAUAAUUAGUUAUUGUCAAAGAAUUCAUAUGGUAGUUCGAGCACCUUUUGUAGACCGUGAAAGAAAACAGCUAACGGAGGCUUAUAUGGAGGCAUUGAUUCCUGAGCCAUCUCCUUCUAAUAUUAGAAAGUUUAAGAAAGGUUUAUGGAGGAGAACUACGCCCAAAGGUCUGAAAAUAAAGAAAUUUAUUGAAGGAACUGAUGGGACCCUUGUUCAAGAUUCUUCUUACGUUGGAGAAGAUGCAUGGGAUGAUGAUUCGGAGCUUAUACAAGAUAAUGUUAAGAAAGUUAUUGACAGUGAUGAAACAUUUAAGGGUGAUGAAAAGGAGAAGAUAAAGGAACAGUUGGGGAUAUCAGGACAAGAAGAUACUGGAACUUGGCGUGAAAGGCUACAGAUGUGGAAGGAAAUCAUUAGGAAAGAGAAGUUAGCUGAGGCUAUGGAUUCUCUCCGUGCUAAAUAUGUUCUUGAAUUUGACAUGAAAGAGGUUGAAAAGAGUCUUCGUAAGGACGUGGUAGAAAAAAAAACAGAUUCGCAAGGAACAAGGGCACUUUGGAUAUCUAAGAGAUGGUGGCGUUAUCGACCUAAACUUCCUUACACAUACUUUCUUGACAAACUUGAUUGCUCUGAGGUUGCUGCUGUUGUCUUCACGGAGGACUUGAAAAGAUUGUACGUGACAAUGAAAGAAGGUUUUCCAUUAGAAUAUACUGUUGAUAUUCCCCUUGAUCCUCACUUGUUUGAGGCUAUCACCAGUUCUGGAGCUGAAGUUGAUCUCCUUCAGAAGCGUCAAAUCCACUAUUUUCUCAAAGUUCUGAUUGCAUUGCUGCCUGGAAUACUGAUCCUGUUGGUUAUUAGAGAGUCUGUUUUGCUUCUAAGUAUUACUUCUAAGCGUUUUCUUUAUAAAAAAUACAACCAAAUUUUUGACUUGGCGCAUGCAGAAAACUUUAUCCUGCCAGCUGAGAAUGUUGGUGAAACAACAUCAAUUCUCAAGGAAGUAAUUUUGGGUGGUGAUGUUUGGGAUCUUCUUGAUGAGUUGAUGAUUUAUAUGCAAAAUCCUAUGCAGUACUAUGAAAAAGGGGUGCAGUUUGUGCGGGGUGUUCUCCUUUCUGGGCCGCCUGGUACUGGGAAGACACUUUUUGCAAGGACACUUGCCAAGAAAAGUGGGUUGCCGUUUGUGUUUGCAUCAGGGGCAGAGUUCACAGAUAGUGAAAAAAGUGGUGUAGCAAGGAUCAAUGAGAUGUUUUCUAUUGCAAGAAGAAAUGCUCCAUCUUUUGUUUUUGUGGAUGAAAUUGACGCUAUUGCUGGAAGACAUGCAAGGAAUGAUCCAAGAAGAAGGGGAACCUUUGAGGCUUUGAUUUCGCAACUUGAUGGCGAGAAGGAAAAAACUGGUGUUGAUCGGUUCUCACUUAGACAAGCUGUGAUAUUCAUCUGUGCUACUAAUAGGCCAGAUGAGUUAGACCUUGAAUUUGUUCGACCUGGACGCAUUGAUCGUCGUUUGUACAUAGGGUUACCAGAUGCAAAACAGAGAGUGAAAAUAUUUGGUGUGCACAGUGCUGGAAAGCCACUUGCAGAGGACAUUGAUUUUGGGAAGCUUGUCUUCCGUACAGUUGGUUUUUCUGGAGCAGAUAUACAGAAUCUUGUCAAUGAGGCAGCAAUAAUGUCGGUGAGGAAGGGACACUCCAAAAUCAACCAGCAAGACAUUGUUGAUGUUCUAGAUAAACAGUUGCUUGAGGGUAUGGGUGUACUUCUCACUGAAGAAGAGCAACAGAGAAGUGAAGAAAGAGUGUCUAUUGAGAAAAGGAGACUGCUGGCUGUACAUGAAGCUGGUCAUAUACUAUUAGCUCACUUGUUCCCUCGUUUUGAUUGGCACGCCUUUUCUCAGCUUUUACCAGGGGGCAAGGAAACAGCAAUUACCGUUUUCUUCCCUCGAGAAGAUAUGGUCGACCAAGGUUACACCACCUUUGGUUACAUGAAAAUGCAAAUGGUGGUAGCUCAUGGAGGACGCUGUGCUGAACGUCUUAUAUUUGGUAAUGACAUAACCGACGGAGGAAAGGAUGACCUAGAGAAAAUAACGAAGAUUGCUCGGGAGAUGGUAAUCAGCCCUCAGAAUUCAAGACUUGGGCUGGCUGCUUUAACCAAGAAUAUUGGGAUGGCGGAUCGACCCGAUAAUCCAGAUGGAGAAUUGAUAAGAUACAGGUGGGACGAUCCACAAGUGAUUCCGGCCAACAUGACGCCCGAAUUGUCUGAGCUGUUUUCCCGGGAGCUGACAAGGUAUAUUGAAGAGACAGAGGAAUUGGCGAUGAAUGGUCUGAGGGAAAACAGGCACAUACUUGAAAUGCUUACUGAGGAACUGCUGGAAAAGUCUAGAAUAACUGGAUUGGAAGUUGAAGAGAAAAUGAAGGGUCUGUCACCAGCCAUGUUCGAGGACUUCAUCAAGCCAUUCCAAAUAGACUUGGAUGCGGAGGGAGCACUGCCUCAUAAGGAUAAACUGCGAUACCAACCUCUAGACAUAUACCCCGCACCGCUGCACAGAUGUUGAACGGGCUCACUGGUUUGACGAUGCUGGAUGCAAUCACGAGCCAAGGAGGAGCUACGCAGAGGCCUCCGGUUUAUUCAUUCUAAAAUAACUGGUUGGUGCAUCGCCCUCGCCCUCGCCCUCGCCCUCACCUUUGCCCCCACCCUCGGCGCAAUAAGACCGAAUCAAUUGUGAAGCUCCUCGAGUAUUGUUGGCUGAAGCAUCAAUGGCUUAGCUACUUUGUGUUGUAUUGUUUAUACAUUUAACUGUUCUAACGUAUAAGAUGCCUGCCGUUAGAGCAAUCAACAUGUUUCAUGAAAUAUAAUCUCUGCCAUCUUGAUGGGUGCCAUUUAUGGAAUUGUUCAAUUGAUAAGCUUGGUUGAGUUUAAAACUCUUUCAAGAAUUCAUAUCUGAAGUUGUAUAAAUUUAUGGACAACUUAAUCUGUUCUUACUUCA